AUGAAGAUCUUCGUGUGUCUCCUGGCUGCUUUGGUCGCCACCAGCUCGGCUGGCUUCAUCGGAGGCGGCUCCGGCGGUGGCGGCGGCGGUGGUGGAGGCUACAGUUAUGGCGUUGGCGGAGGUGGUGGCGGUGGUGGCCAUCAGGAGGUGAAGACCAUCAAGGUCAUCCACCAGGAGGGCGGCGGACACGGCGGCGGCUACUCUGGCGGACACGGCGGCGGUUAUUCCGGCGGCGGCUAUUCCGGCGGCGGCUACUCCGGCGGACACCAGGAGGUGAAGACCAUCAAGGUCAUCCACCAGGAGAGCGGCGGACACGGCGGCGGUUUCUCUGGCGGUCACGGCGGUGGCUAUUCUGGCGGACACGGCGGCGGCUACUCCGGCGGACACCAGGAGAUCAAGACCGUCAAGGUCAUCCACGAAGAGGGUCUUGCUCUGGGCGGCGGCGGCGGUUAUGCCGGCGGACUCGACCACGGAUACGGCGGUCAUGGACACGGACACGAGGAGGUCAAGACCAUCAAGGUUAUCCACCAGGAGGGCGGCGCCCACGGACAUGGCGGCGGUUUCUCCGGCGGACACGGCGGUGGUUACUCCGGCGGACACCAGGAGGUGAAGACUGUUAAGGUCAUCCACCAGGAGGCUGGUGGUCUCGGCGGUUUCUCCGGCGGACAUGGCGACGGUUAUUCCGGCGGUCAUGGCGGCGGCUACUCCGGCGGACACCAGGAAAUCAAGACUGUGAAGGUCAUCCAUGAGGAGGGUCUUGCUCUGGGCGGCGGCGGUGGCUAUUCCGGCGGACACGACCACGAAUUUGGCGGACAUGGACACGGACACGAGGAGGUGAAGACCAUUAAGGUUAUCCACGAAGAGGGCGGUCACAGCCACGAUCACGGACACUCCCACGGCGGCUUCGGUGGUGGUCAGGAGGAGAUCAAGACCAUCCAGGUGAUCCACGAAGAGGGACACUCGCACGGACACGGUGCGGCUCCUCUGAGCAACGAGUACCUGCCACCUGUGUUGUCGGCUCCCCAGCCCGGCUACCUGCCCCCAUCCGGUGGCUGGAAAUAAAUCUCUCCCCCGCGCACCCACUCUGUGAUUCGGCCUGUGUCAUAGCCACCGAACUGAUCCCGAACUAAUCCCGAAGUCCCCCACCCCCCUCCACCUCCCUUGUUAAGUAGUUUUAGACAUUUUUUUCUUCCCAUUUGUUAUUUUCUUACACUGUUCUACGAAUAUCCAUUGUACCUCUCACUUUAGUUGUAAAUCGUUCCCACAAGGAGAAA